AUGGCCCGCAAUGCACAAUACCAAAGGCUAUUGCAAAACACCAGACUCAUUCUCUCGUCGGCAUUCUCUGCUGGUCUGAGGCGCUGCCCGUGGCUGCCAACAGUGGAAGCCGAGUACAGAAUCCCCUCGGAAGCAUUUCCCAUUCAGCAGAUGCUGGUUCGUCGACAGAUACCUGCUGCUUGUCUCCCGGCUCGUCACGCCUCCAAACAUUCUGAGACACUCGGCCGCGAGCCAGAGGACCAUCCCAGGUUCCGGCCGAAUUACUUGUACUUUGGAGACAGCCUAUUGACCGCGGAGCGCUUUGCGACCGGUUUUCUGUCCUUUCUCGCAACACGAUGCCACGACCAUCGCCUUGUGUCCUUUGCACGCGCUCCCAGCUCGCUCAAGUACAUGCAGGAACAAGCCAUCAGUCCACUGCUCGCGGAGACACUCUGUCCCGCUGCUGUCCAUCUCGACCAAAUACGAUAUUGA